AUGACUAUAUUUAGUAUACUUGCUUUUCGAAAUGUUCAGAAAAUUAUUCGAAGUCCAAUACCUAUUAAACGUCGAUGUCGUGAUCGACAACUUACUUCAAUGGUUCUUAUUCAUGUUGCCUUUCUUAUUCCACUAACACUUUCCUAUGUCAUACAUUAUGCUUAUACAUUCAGUAACAAAUAUCUUAAUGAUGUUCAAUUAGCAUUGAAUCAAUUAAUCGCUGCUAUUCCUAUUUCAUCUGCCUACAUGCAUUAUUCAGCAAGCUUUUUGUAUUAA